GUGAAAGCUUCAAUCAAUAGCGGAGCAGAAAUUUGGAAGAUUCUUGAGGGCUCCUUCUCUGAGAUUCUGUCAUGGAGAUAUCGAAAAUAUCAGACAUGACCAAGCUCCACCAGGCUGUGGCUGCUGGGGAUUGCAAUUCAGUAAAGAGGAUUUUGAAGAAAGGUCUCUGUGAUCCAAACUACAAGGAUGUGGACUGGAACGACAGGACCCCGCUUCACUGGGCUGCAAUCAGAGGGCAAAUGGAGGUGAUCCAUCUCCUGAUACAAUAUGGAGCCAGACCCUGCUUGGUAACUGAUGUGGGGUGGACGGCAGCUCACUUUGCAGCUGAGUCAGGACAUCUGAAUGUUCUCAGAGCUCUGCAUGCACUUCACGCUGCCAUCGAUGCUGCUGACUUCUUUGGAGACACGCCCAAGAGGAUUGCACAGAUCUAUGGUCAGAAAGACUGUGUGGACUUCCUGGAGACGGCAGAACGCGAAUGCAGGGACCACCGCCAGAGAGGGCUGUUGUUUGAUGAGCAGGAUCCAGAUUGGGACCUCAAGAAAAGGGAGCUAGAGCUGUCUCUUCCAGCUCCGGAGCAAAACACCAACAAAAAGAAGAAGAGAACACGAGGCUCCACCAGGCUUAACCAUUCCAACCCCUGGAAGGUAUGAGAAGGUGGAGCCCCAAGGCUCAGACUGAAGCCAGACGCAAUACUCAGAUGUCUUCCCAGGAUUUGACUCAGCCACCCUUCCCUGGGCUUCCACAGAAAGUCCCAGGCAGUCAGAGUGUUCUCUAUAGGAGCCGAUGUGUCCUUGAUAAAACCCAAUGCCCAGAAGUGUGACCAGGACAGACAACUGCGUUUUG